GUGGAUGGCGAGAUCGUCCGAGUGGCCUCCGCAAUCAUUCCGAUUCCAGUCUCGGUGGAGUUGAGUCGCAUUCUCCGGUGCAUCCUCGUUGCAUUCCGAGGCGGUCGGCCCUCAUUUUUCCUCCUGUAAUUCUGCUCGGUCCGAGGGACUUCAUCGACGAUGAGAUGUGACGGGGCCGGUCGGCUGCGCUGCGGGGUGGCACAUCCGUGCGGCAAGGUGACCAGCACGUGACGUCACAGUGGAGCGUUCUCUCUUUCGGGUUCCCCCUCCCCCCCGAUUCAAGGUCAAAAGUUUCAGGGACACUAGCCGCUGACUACGUUUAUAACCGAAUGAUCGCCAGCCGAUCUUCAGUACCGGGAGCCGCUCCAUCGCCUCCGUCUCAGGAGAUCACCAGCUUUCCUCACUCUGUGUUCUUCCCUUCUGUCCCUGUGUCAUCUGUCUGUUACCUUUUACGCCUCACACCAUGAUUAUCCCUACGACGAAGCUGGUGGUCUUCUACCUGAGUGCCGUCCUCGCCUUCGCCUGCUUGGUGAUGGUGGACGCAGCGCCCAACUCCUAUCUGUUCGGAUCCUUCCACAUCCCAAUCGACCCAGUGGCACCGUAUCAUAGAAGACAAGCCUUCCAAGAGAGAAUCCCGCGCCUUUUGGAUGCCCUCACUUACGGCUACUACAGGCCUUGAGGGGUGCCCUGACCCGUGGUCGAGGAGGAUCUCAGUUGGAACAUGCCAAAGACGGAAGCGUUGACAGCUCCCUCCCCAACCCCCUCUCGGGAUGUAUGGCAACAUGAUGACCUGAAAAUUGGGUGGCUCCGCGUUUAUCAUUUGUCGCAACCCGAGGACUAUCCGCGUUUGAGAGAUUCCGUCCUCCCUUCGUACGCUUAUGAACUGCCCUCUACGUCUCUACAGCUGCUGCUUUGUCUCAGGUGGCGAGCACGCACGGAUGACUGAAGCAGCUCUGAGUAUUUAUUCUCUUCGCCGCCAUAGCGCAAUGUGAAAACCGCUUUCCAUUAUGCUUCUGACAAGCUCUUUGUGAUACAUGAACAGCCUCGUCGAAGUACAAUAAAAAAUGAAGAAACAGUUGUGCUGGCGCAUGAACGAGG